AUGAAGGACGCGCCGAGAAAACGCACCAAAGCUUUCACCGGCUGCUGGACCUGCCGCGCGCGCCGCGUUAAAUGCGAUGAGGACACUCCCUUCUGUCGACGGUGCUUGCAGUUGGGGAUCGAAUGCCAAGGCUACGGCCUCCGUCUCAACUGGGUCCAUCUGAAGCCAUCGACAAUCCUGAAUCAGGAUGAGCAAGAGGUUGAAGAAGGUCACCGGGGGGGCAAGGCACCGCGCCGGUCGCUGGUAAACCUCGGGGUGUCGGAUAUCCCGCGACUACCUUCUCCGGAGAUUGAUUCGACGCUGGUGCAGAUUGACGAAUGGCACCCAGGGGGAGAGUAUCGGGUACUGGGAGGUUUCUCCGUUUUCGCAAUCGACCCCUGGCCAUCGAGGCCGCCACCGAUGGAGCGGCCGCAGUCGGGUUCCCCGUCGUUAUCGGCCUCUCCCGAACUUGCUCAAGCGAUGAAGGCGGACUCGGGUCGGACGUCGAGGAGGUCAAGCGGGCCGUUGGUCGACACCUCCACGGCAGGUGCAGAAGCUCAAGAUGCGGUGCCUGUCGCAGAAACGCUGCUGAGUCUGGGGUCGAGCUCUACCACCCACGGCGGCCCUUCCACGCCAAGCAAUGCGCUCGCAGACGCCUCGCGCUCGCGACACGCGUCACCACGCCACCUGGACCUUCUGCGCAUGCCGUCUGGCGAGAACCGGCUGAUUCACCACUGGCUCACGUUUACCAGCCGCAAGCUCGUUCUCAUCGACGAGCCCCAUAACCCCUGCCGAAUCAUGAUGCUGCGAAUGGCGCUCCGAGGCCUCAUGUCAUGCUCGAAAGAGUCAAGCGCCAACAUUGCCAUUUUCCACGCGCUCUGCGCGUCUGCCGCCAGCAACUUGUACGAGCUGGGCGGCAGGGCAAACGACCGGGAUCGCGUUCUGGCCCUGAACCACGAGCAGCAGGCAAUCAGGCACCUGCGCAACAAUCUGGCCCAGGCAGACAGCCACCAGGAUGAAACCUUUGCCAUGGCCAUUAUGGCGUGCAUAACCGCCGAUGCCAUUUCCGGAACCACGCAGCGGUGGCGCACACACGUCACGGGCGGGUUGGCCUAUCUUUCCAGGCUGCAUGCCAGGGGGUUGCACGAAGCCGUCGUGGGGGACUUUCAGAAACACAUGGUCUCCAUGGCCAUCCUGUGCGAGAUUCCGGUAGCGCAGCACCUCAAGUCGUUCCUGUACGACGAAAGCUCUGCAGAGAGUCUGGAGUUCACCUUUCCGUAUUACGGAGUCUCGAGGUCGUUUCUACGGGCGUACGACUACAUGAACCAGCUGGGCCGCGCGACGGACAACAUGACGCCCGAGCUCGAGCGGCAGCUCGACGCGUUCCAGCUGCAGCAGUACCUGGAUUUCCCGGCCCCGCCCCCGCCACCUGGGGGACUGCUCGCCUCGCCGAACCAGAUGCAGGGCUUGGUUCUCUUCCACACGGCCAAGGUAUUCUACUACGCUCGAUUGGUCUUUUUCCAGCGCAGCAUACGACGCGACGGCCUGGACACGGUGCAGUCUCUGGUGGAUCUCGGCAUGCAGGAGCUCGAGUCGAUUGAGAGGAUCGGCAGAGGAGAGCUGGGCAACAUGAUGCUGUGGCCUGUGAUUGUCCUGGGGGCCGAGUGCAGGUCGCGUGGCAUGCAAAGGAGAAUGACGACGUGGUUCGAGAAGCAGCGAAAGCUGGGGUUCAGGAACGUUGCUGUGCUCGAGGAGCUUGUCGCGACGGUUUGGGCGGCAAGGGCUGGUGGUGGUGGUGGUGGUGGUGGUGGCGGUGGUGAUGCAAGGAACAUUGACUGGAGAGACGUCAUUGUUCUGCCGCAGUUUGAUGUUUUCCGACUGUGA